CUGAGGCGGCGGCGGCGGCGGCGGCGGUGCCAGGAGUGACUGCGGACUCUGCUCCUUCCCGGCCCCAGCCCCAGAGCAGGGCCUAGCCCCAUUUCUGUUCCCGGCCCGGCACCCGCCCCGUUCUCACUGCCGGCCCCGUUCCCGGCCCCAUUCCCGGCGCCAUUCCCGGCCCCGUUCCCAGCCCCAUUCCCACACCCGUUCCCGCCAUGGCGGUCCGCGCCAGUUUCGAGAACAACAACGAGCUGGGCUGUUUCGCCAAGCUCACCAACGCCUACUGCCUCGUGGCCAUCGGCGGCUCAGAGAACUUCUACAGCGUGUUCGAGGGGGAGCUGUUCGGGACCAUCCCGGUGGUGCACGCGUCCAUCGCCGGCUGCCGCAUCAUCGGCAGGAUGUGUGUGGGGAACAGACACGGGCUGCUGGUCCCGAGCAGCACGACAGACCAGGAGCUGCAGCACAUCCGGAACAGCCUCCCGGACUCGGUGCGGAUCCAGCGGGUGGAGGAGCGGCUCUCGGCCCUGGGCAACGUCACCACCUGCAACGACUACGUGGCCCUGGUGCACCCGGACCUGGACAGGGAGACAGAGGAGAUCUUGGCAGAUGUGCUGAAGGUGGAGGUUUUCAGGCAAACGGUUGCAGAUCAGGUGCUGGUGGGAAGUUACUGUGUUUUUAGUAACCAGGGAGGACUCGUACACCCCAAAACUUCAAUAGAUGACCAGGAUGAACUGUCCUCACUGCUCCAGGUCCCACUCGUGGCGGGGACGGUGAACCGCGGCAGCGAGGUGAUCGCGGCGGGCAUGGUGGUGAACGACUGGUGUGCCUUCUGUGGGCUGGACACCACCAGCACAGAGCUCUCCGUCAUCGAGAGCAUCUUCAAGCUCAACGAGGCCCAGCCCAGCACCAUCGCCACCAACAUGAGGGACUCCCUGAUUGACAGCCUGACAUGAGCAGCGUUGGUUCCGACUUCCCAGAAAGCUCCUAAGGAGUGAAGUGUUGAGCUGCACUGUGGAUCACAGGCACCCAGACCUUCUGAUGAUAUUUCUGACCCAAGGAAGAGGCUGCAAAAUCAACUUUUUGUAGUGUUUUGUAAACUUAAGUAUUGACAAAUAACAUGCAUAAGAUACAAAUAAGGAAUGCUCUCUGUCCCUUUGCUGAUGUUCUCGAGUUCUUCAGCUCCGCUUUCUGGUGUUGUGGUGCUGACUGAGCCCCUCAGGUUACCCACAGUAUUUAUUCUUAUGGCUCUUGGAUGUUGAUCACUAGAGAAUGCUUUGCCUUAAGUCUUGCACCAGUGUCCUGCAGCACAGCAGUUUAUUUUGGCACUACAUGCACUGCCAUCUCUUUCCACACAGCUGCUUGAUGGUGUUCCUGCUAUAGGUAGACAAAAGAACCCCUUGGAUGUCCAGUACCAACAAUAGAGGAUUUUACUUGCCACAAAAUAAUCUAAAAGCCAUCACCUUCUCUUUUGCCCUGAGCUGUUCCCAUGGGAAUGGUGAUUCUGAAGUGACCAUGUGGAUAAAACCUGGAGUUUGUUGGAGUUAAUCCAAGGGCUUUUAACAGCAACAGUGUGGGAGUGCCUGGAGCAGAGUUUGAUCUGGUGUCACCUGUGCUGCUCCUGAGGCAGCCACAGGAGAGAGCCCUAAAGGCACACUAUGGCCAGUGGGCCUAAUUUGUCCCGCAGGAGUUCACCUCCUGCACUGGGAAACCCUUGGAAGUCAGCAAACCCCUAUUUUGAAUUUGAACCACCUCAUCUGGAGUUACCUUGGGGACAAAGGUUCUGUAAUACGGUUCUGAGCAGUCACUUGAGUCAGAGGGUACAGAUUUGGGAGCUUCCUCCUGCAGAACUCUGCCCAUGCCCGGGAGUGAUGAUGGGAAGGAGCUGUGGAUGCUACUUUUGGGUGGAAGUAGUGAUUGCCUUCCAAACAGCUCUUUCUCACCCAUCUCUCAUUUCACUUGCUUUUCUGCUUGUCCACUGAGGGUGCGCUGAAGGCAUAGAAGUGCCUCCAUUUCCCAUCCUGAAGGUAAGAGGAAGCCAUUCCCUCAUGGCUGGAGUGCUCUCAGCAAGAGGGUUCUCUUGAGGAGUGCUGGCCUGAGGGCUGUGUGGGCAGAGCUCUUUUCAGCCCUGGUGCUUUGGGCUUUGUGAAAAAUUAAGGAAACUUCUAUUUUUGUUCUACUGUCUGGAUGUUUAGGGAAGGCUUUGUAAGUUUUAGUUGAUUAAAGGCUGCUCCUUAAACUGUUGAAUAAAGAUUGCCAUAGUCUCUGAUCAGUGCAACCCUGCCCUUUGAUACUGAGCACCACCUUUCUUGGCAUGACUGGUCUCCUCCUCUCAGCCUGUCUCAGUAUUCAGAGUGAGAAGCUGCUUCCUUUUGGUCACCUCACAGUGCUCAGCUCCUGGGUGGACAUUGCAGGAUUCUGACUCUUCCCAUCCCUGUUGGCCUGUGUUCAUCACAUGGGAAGCGAGGGAGGCUGAAAUUUUCCCCUGCAACUCCUGUCACUGUUUUUUUCUCAUUCCUACUCCAGGCAGGAAUCCUGGCUUGCACUGGUGACCUUGAUCUGUGUUAGGUCUUAAAGACAGUUCAGAGGUAAAUGAGAAGAAUAAUCCACUCUGUGUAAUCCAAAUCCUUAAGUGGGAAAGACGGUGCAGUGUUGGGGGUUGUGAUAUGCCCAGGAGUCAGGGCAGGACAGGGCAUUGCCAACUGGGGUGAGACCUCUGGGAGCUUGGGAACUGGAAGGUGGCAAACAUGGUACCUGUUCUAAACAUGGGUUUGUGGGAAUUCUGAAUUGGUGAGAUGGACCUGUAUACAAGAAAAAUGAACUAUAAUAAAAAAUGGAUUUAGAAACACGGA